CUAUCUCCGACUUGAUAGCAGCGGAAUUAAAUAAAAAUAAAUUCGGAGCUUGUUGUUAUCAAUCAGAGGUAACGUAAUGUAUCCGUAGCGACGCGUUCGUCAGUGCCUGCUCGGAUCGCAGCAACCAUGGAGGUGAACGUUUUGUACCUACUCAUCGUAGUAGCCAUUUUGGCGGUCAUUUACCGCCGGAUUACCAAGUAUUACGAGUAUUUCCAUGACAAACCCAUUCCAUCGAUGGCGACUGGGCCACCUUUCGGAAGCGCCGGCCCACUGUACCGGAAGAAGUAUUAGUUCAACGAUUUCAUCAAGAUGACCUACGAUAAGUUCCCGGGAGUCAAAGUAUUCGGCCUGUUCGACAUGACCACUAAACUGUUCGUCAUCCGCGAUCCGGAGCUGAUCAAGAAGGUCACCGUGAAGGAUUUCGACUACUUCGUCAACCGCCGGCCAACGUUCGGGCAAAGCAAGGACGAUCACGACGGGAUGCUCUUCACCAAAACACUGCUGGUGCUGAAUGAUCAGAAGUGGCGAGAUAUGCGGGCUACACUCAGUCCGGCCUUUACCGGGAGCAAGAUGCGGGCAAUGUUCCAGCUGAUGCAAGACUACAGUUCGCGGAUGAUCGAGAUAUUGAAGGACCAAUCGCAGGCAACGGGAUACAUGGAUUACGACAUGAAGGAUUGCUUUGCGAGGGUGGCAAACGAUAUCAUCGCAACGUGUGCUUUCGGAUUACAAGUCGAAUCGUUGAAGAACCGCGAGAACGAAUUCUACGUGACGGGGAAGAAGAUGUUGAACUUCAAUCGAGUCAGCGUGAUACUGCGUAUACUAGGGUUCAACCUCUUCCCGAGUUUGAUGGCAAGGUUGGGGAUUGACCUGAUUGAUGCCGAACACAGUCAGUACUUUUCCAAGAUCAUCAAGGACGCUGUGAGGACUAGGGAAACACAUGGAAUCGUUCGACCGGAUAUGAUCCAUCUAUUGGUGCAGGCGAAGAAGGGUGUUCUGAAGGGGCAACCGGAGGUCGCUGAAGCUAAUACUGGAUUUGUCAUGGUUGAGGAGUCGGAAGUUGGAAAAUCUUCUACAACAAAAGCUAUAACAGAUUCGGAGCUCGUCGCGCAGUGCUUGGUAUUCUUCCUGGCAGGGUUUGACAGUGUGUCAGCCGGAAUGAUGUUUAUGGCGUACGAGCUAGCCUUGAACCCCGAUGUUCAACAAAUACUUCACGUGGAGAUUGACGAGGCAAACAAACAGCUCGCAGGCAAAGCUCCAACUUACGACACGAUCCAGAUGAUGCGCUACUUGGACAUGGUAGUGUCGGAGACUCUUCGCAAGUGGCCUGCCGCAGCUUUCGAUCGCAAGUGCGAGCGAGAUUACGUGCUCGAUGACGGAGCUGGUCUGAAGUUCACCAUCGAUCGGGGAGCUUGCAUCUGGAUCCCGGUCCACGGUAUCCACCGGGAUCCCAAGUAUUACCCCAACCCGGAUAAGUUCGAUCCGGAACGAUUUAGCGAGGGAAAUCGGGGUAACCUCAAUAUGACGAUGUACAUGCCUUUUGGAGCUGGGCCUAGGAAUUGCAUCGGAUCGCGGUUUGCUUUGAUGGAGAUCAAAGCAAUCAUGUAUGCGCUGUUGCUGAAUUUCCGCAUAGAACGAAAUGAGAAAACCAGUGUUCCUCUGAAGCUGGUUAAGGGGUUUGCAGGGUUAAAUGGCGAAGGAGGCAUCCAUUUACGGUUGACGUUGAGACGGUAG